UUGUUAAGAUCCAGUGGACCUAGCUUGACGCAAUGUUUGUUUGUGCUGUCUUGUUAAGAUGCAGUAAACCUAGCCUGGUACCACAACUGUUGUGUUGUCUUGCAAACUCCUAGUGGUUUGGUGUGAUCUGGGACCAGGCUAUGGUGGAACAGCAAAUAAUAAUCCAUCUUUGUGUGUCUCUGUCCCCCGUGCUAGUGAGGAAGAAGAGGCAGAAGGGAGUGGAGGAGGGCCGUAGAAGGAGGAACACCAUCCAUCUGAAUGGGUUGUAUACGGUAGAGACGGUGGUGGUGGCAGACUCAGACAUGGUGCAGUACCACGGGGCAGAGGCCGCGCAGAGAUUCCUGCUCACCGUCAUGAACAUGGUGUACAACAUGUUUAACAGCAAGAGUCUGGGCGUCAGAAUCAACAUACGGGUCACCAAGCUGGUCCUGCUCCACAACCGCCCAGACAAGCUGAAAGUGGGCCACCAUGGAGAAAGGUCCCUGGAGAGCUUCUGUCAGUGGCAGUGGGAGGAGUACGGCGGCCCCCGUUACUUAGGCAACAAUUACGUGCCCGGGGGCAGGGAUGACAUCCCACCUGUGGACACGGCCGUGCUCGUCACGAGGACUGACUUCUGCGUGCACAAAGACCAGCCCUGUGACACAGUGGGUGAGGGAUCACAACCGUGUGUGUGUAUGUGUGUGUGUGCGUGUGUGUGUGUGUGUGUGUAUUGAAAUAGUCUGUCGGUGGCCCUUGUUGACCUCUGACAUUGCUGUCCCCCUGAAAAGGAGAAGCAGGUGACAUUUCAACCCGCCUGGUCUGUAAAAACCUCUCAAGCACACACACACACACACACACACACACACACACACACACACACACACACACACACACACACACACACACACACACACACACACACACACACACACACACACACA